AUGUCUACCAAGACAUCACAAGACGAUGUCAAUGACAAGCGCAGAGCCAGCGAUUCUGUAGACGUCGAGCAACAAGGAAGACCAGUUGCCCUAGAUUCUGGUCUUCCAAAGUCUUUGAGUGCAGGUUCUGCAUUAGCCCUUGGUGCCUUUGGCACGACGUUGACCACUCUUUCACUGGGUCUAAUGGAAUGGAGAGGAGUCACAACCUACAAUGUCUUCGUGGCCAACUUCUUCUUCAUCGCUGCAUUUGGUCUAUUGAUCACGGCGCAAUGGGAACUAUCUAUUGGGAAUGGCUUUGCGUAUACCGUGUUCAGCGCUUUCGGCCUUUUUUACGCAGGUUACGGAGCUUUACUUACUCCAGCUUUUGGGGUUGCCCAAGCAUAUGGUGGAACCGACGCAGCAGAGUAUAACAACGCGGUGGGGUUUUUCAUGAUUCUAUGGACGGUAUUCGUCUUUACAUUCCUCAUCGCAUCACUUGCAAGCAAUAUUGCCUACAUUUUGGUCUUCUUCCUUGUUGAUCUUGGAUUCUUGACCGUUGCUGCAAGCUAUUUUGCGAAAGCUGAUGGCCAUGCUGCGUCUGCUCUCGCAUUACAGAAGUCCGGUGGAGUUUUCUGUUUCUUGGCUGGUUUAGUAGGAUGGUAUAUCGUGUUUCAUCUGCUAUUACAGGAUUCUAUUGUUGAUCUGCCGCUUGGUGAUACAUCUCGAUACUUUGGGAAGAAGAAGGGGAAGGGAGAGUAG